AUGAACAUUUCCUUCAGAAUCGACUUCAUUACGAUCAAUAAUAUAACCAAACCGGAAUUCGGGGAACUUUAUCCCAAAUAAGAAUUUGAAGUGCCAUAAGAAUUUAAAUUCAAUAAUGAUAUGCUUGUAAACUCAUUCAAACAUGGAUAUUUUGUUGCAAGCAAUGUAUUUAAUGGAAUUCAACAAUUUCCUUAUAGUAUAGAUAAUAAGGCAUAGCUAAUAGAAACUUAUGACAUAAGUUAGGAAUAUUCGGGAAAUCAAAUAGAUUUUAGAUUUAAUUUCAACGAAUAUCAAUUUAAUUCGAGGCUUAACUCUUUAAUAGCUCAAGAAUUCAAGGAAAAUGAGCUGAAUUUUGAUAGGAUUGAAAAUUAUCUUCUUACUGAUUACAUUUAUACAGCAAGAUAAUAUGCUUUUUAUAUCUUCGAUUGUGAACUAUUAAGUUGUCCUGAGGGUUUAGAAGGCUUUGUUCAUGAGUUUAACAAUAAGUACAAAGACAAAAUGAAUGUUAAAGUUUAGAAUUUCCAAAAUAAGUUUGAUAGGCUUGUAACUAUAACUGACUUAAAGAGGAGAUUAGAUGUUCAAUUUGAUGAUUAUAACGAUUAAAAAACUGCUAUUGACAACGAAUUCUUCAAAAAUACAAUCACCAAAUUUAUUAAGUACCUCAAAGCAGAUUACUUCCCAGUAGUUACUCAAUUUAGAUUCGAAUCAAGUGUUUUUACAUUUGAGAGUCCAUUAAACUUCAUGAUGAUUAAAAGUGAUUUCAGAGAGUUCCUUAGAAAUUUUUAUCAAAUUGAAGCAUAUUUGCAAUAUUCUCUGAAAAUCUAUAUGGACAGUAUGUUUACAAUUCAUUAGAAUGAGGAUAACAUUAAAGCAGAGACUAAAAAGUAGGAGAUGACUGGAAUAAUGAUCAAGCAAGUUUUUAGUUAUAUCUAUAAGUGCAUGGAGACUCUGAAAGAAUACCACCAUCUUGUAGCUCAUGACAAUUAUGAUUGCUACACUUAUUUUAGUUUUAGCUGCUUUUAGAGAAAAUAUGGAGCAACUUUGGUUUGUUUGGUCCUACUAAUAGGAUUUGGGUUAUUCAGACUAAGAAAGAGAUUGGAUUAUAUGGUUCUUGAGACUAAUAAAAAAUCAAUUUGA